GGCGCCACACUAGGAGUUAGUUUGUGUCCGUAGAAAGCUGCGAACCAGUACGAAUUGGUGCGCGUUCAAAAGUGGACUUGGCAUCAAUUUUAUUGUUGUUGUUGUUGUUGUUGGUUCGCAUAAACAUCGACCAUGGGCAUCUGCUGGCAGGUGUUCUUGGUGAUUGGAUGCAUAUCUGUUGCUAAAAGCAAUGCAUUGCCUAAGACUCCCGAAGAAUUAGAGGAUUUUCUCUAUGACGAAUACGAAAAGAAAGCCAGCAAGAUUUUCUACGAUCAGGCUUUGGCAGAUUGGAAUUAUGCGACAGACAUUACCAAUAAAAACAGCGACCUUGUGACAGAACAAACUUUGAUCACUGCUAAAUUUGAAAAAGAUGUCUUCAAUGAAUGGUUCAAAGAUGCUAAGUUGGAUGAGUUUAAGAAUGAAAGUGUAAAACGACAACUGAAGUUUCUGAAAAUUGUAGGCGACGCAGCACUAGAUGAAACCGAGUUGACAAAGUACACUAAAGUUAUGAACAAUAUGACUGAAACAUACAGUACUGCGAAAAUUUGUCCUUUUAAGAAACAGAAAUGUGAUAUUGAUAAAGAAGGAUUAUCAUUAGAACCUGGUAUUGAAAGCAUCAUGAGUAAGUCAAAUGAUGUGGACGAGUUGUUAUAUUUUUGGACCAAAUGGAGGAAUGCAACCGGAACACAAUUGGUCUCACCGUUUAAAGUUUAUGUUAAUUAUUCAAAGAAAAUCGGCGAAAGAAAUGGAUUCAAUGAUAAGGGCGCAAUGUGGAGGGGAAGCUACGAUUAUGAAUCAGAUGAAGAGUUCAUGAAUUCCAUGGAUAAGUUGUGGAAGGAAGUUGAGCCAUUGUAUAAUAAAUUACAUGGAUACGUCAGACAGAAAUUGGUGAAGAAAUACGGCAAAGAAGUUAUGGGAGAUGACGAUUUAAUUCCAGCUCAUUUACUAGGUAACAUGUGGGGACAAUCUUGGAUAAACUUAGCUGAUUUGACGAGGCCAUAUCCGUCGGCCAGUAAAAUUGAUGUGACUAAAGCAUUACAGGAACAAAAAUACACGGUAGAAAAAAUGUUUGAAAAGUCGAAUGAAUUUUACAUGUCUUUGGGACUACCGACGAACGAAAUGUCUUAUGGAAAAGAUGCAAUGAUUGAAAAACCGAAAGAUAAAGAAGUGUUAUGUCAUGCUUCUGCAUGGGAUUUUAGCGAUAAGAAAACAUUUAGAAUAAAAAUGUGCACCGAAGUUAACUACGAAGAUUUCGUUACUAUUCAUCAUGAAAUGGGUCAUAUUCAGUAUUACAUUCAAUACAAAGAUCAACCAACAUCUUUCCGAUCCGGCGCUAAUCCGGGCUUCCACGAAGCAGUUGGAGACACUAUUGCACUUUCUGUUUCGACACCUAAGCAUUUGAAAGCAAUUGAUUUGUUGGAUAAGAAUUACAAAGAAUCCGAAGAGGCUACCAUCAAUGCACAAAUGGAUAUGGCUUUGGAAAGAUUGGCUUUCCUCCCGUUUGGACUUAUAGUGGAUAAAUGGCGUUGGGAAGUCUUUAGUGGAAGUGUAAAACCCAACGAAUGGAAUAAGAGAUGGUGGGAACUAAGAACGAAGUAUCAAAAAUUGAAAUCUCCAACCGAGAGACAAGAAUCAGAUUUAGAUCCUGCAGCUAAGUACCACGUAAUAGCAGACAGUCAGUAUAUUAACUAUUUCAUUGCACACAUCUUAGAGUUCCAACUUUAUAGAGGACUGUGUAUUACAGCUUUAGAAUAUGAUCCUAAAAAUAAGGAAUCAAAACCAUUGCAUAAUUGUGAUUUCUACAAUAACAAGGAAGUUGGAAAGAAAUUAAAGGCUGGUUUAUCAUUAGGAUUAAGUCAAAAUUGGAAGCAAGCUUUGAAAGCAAUGACAGGAGAAGAAAAUUUGAGCUCUAAAGCAAUUUUGGAGUACUUUGAACCAUUAAUAAAAUAUUUGGAUCAAAAUAAAGAGCACACAACGGAAGAAUUGGUAGAUUAUAUCAAAGGAGAUUACGAAAAGAAAGCUAGCGAAAUGUGCACUGCGCAGAAUAACGCCGAUUGGAACUAUAAUACCGAUAUUACUGAAAAAAAUAAUGAGUUGGCUACGCAACAAACUUUGGCCUAUGCAAAGUUCGAAAAAGAACAAUACAAUGAAUGGUUCAAAAAUGCAAAUGCAGAUGAAGUAACUGAUCCAGCUAUUAAGAGACAACUAAAAUAUUUAAAAGUUGUAGGAAAGGCUGCUCUGGAAGAAAAUAAAUUGGAACAGUAUACUAAAACUGUGAAUGAAAUGAGUGGUGUAUAUAGUACUGCAAAAAUUUGUCCAUUUGAUAAUCAGAAAUGUGAUAUAAAAACCCAAGGAUUGUCUUUAGAGCCAGGUAUUGAAAGCAUUAUGAGUACAUCAAAGAAUGAAAAGGAGUUAUUGUAUGCGUGGAGUGCUUGGAGAGAUGCAACUGGAAUGAAAUUGCAUAAACAAUUUCAGACCUAUGUAGAUUUAUCGAAUGAAAUUGGUAAAGCUAAUAAUUUCAAAGACAAAGGCGAAAUGUGGAGAAAUAGCUAUGACUAUAAAAGCGAUAAAGAUUUUGUUGAUUCUAUGGAUAAGUUAUGGACCGAAGUUGAACCAUUAUAUAACAAAUUACAUGGGUAUGUCAGAGAGAUAUUAUUGAAGAAAUAUGGCAAGGAAGUUAUGGGAGAUGACAAUUUAAUUCCAGCUCAUUUACUAGGUAACAUGUGGGGACAAUCUUGGAUAAACUUAGCUGAUUUGACAAGGCCUUAUCCGUCGGCCAGUAAAAUUGAUGUGACCAAAGCAUUACAGGAACAAAAAUAUACGGUAGAAAAAAUGUUUGAAAAGUCGAAUGAAUUUUACAUGUCUUUGGGACUACCGACGAAUGAAAUGUCUUAUGGAAAAGAUGCAAUGAUUGUAAAACCACAAGAUAGGGAAGUGUUAUGUCAUGCUUCAGCAUGGGAUUUCUGUGAUAAAAAGACAUACAGAAUUAAAAUGUGUACCGAAGUUAACUACGAAGAUUUCAUUACAAUCCAUCAUGAAAUGGGUCAUAUUCAAUAUUUCAUUCAAUACAAAAAUCAAUCAAUUUCAUUCCGUGAUGGUGCAAAUCCGGGCUUCCACGAAGCAGUUGGAGACACUAUUGCACUUUCUGUUUCGACUCCUAAGCAUUUAAAAGCAAUUGAAUUGUUGGAUAAGAACUACAAAGAAUCCGAAGAGGCUACCAUCAAUGCGCAAAUGGAUAUGGCUUUGGAAAGAUUGGCUUUCCUUCCCUUUGGACUUAUAGUGGAUAAAUGGCGUUGGGAAGUGUUUAGUGGAGACGUAAAGCCUGACAAAUGGAAUAAGAGAUGGUGGGAACUUAGAUCAAAAUAUCAAAAGUUGAAACCACCAACAGAUAGACCAGAAAUCAAUUUGGAUCCUGCUUCCAAGUACCAUGUCGUAGGCGACAGUCAAUAUAUCAACUAUUUUGUAGCUCAUAUCUUGGAGUUCCAACUCUAUAGAGGACUGUGUAUUACAGCUGGAGAAUAUGAUCCUAACAAUAAGGAAUCAAAACCAUUACAUAAUUGUGAUUUCUACAAAAACCAAGAAGUUGGAAAGAAAUUAAAGGCUGGCUUAUCAUUAGGACUAAGUCAAAAUUGGAAGGAAGCUUUGAAAGCAAUGACAGGAGAAGAAGAUUUGAGCUCUAAAGCAAUUCUGGAGUACUUUGAACCUUUAAUAAAAUAUUUGGAUCAAGAUAAAGAGCACUCUACUGAAGAAUUGGUAGAAUAUAUCAAAGGAGAUUACGAAAAGAAAGCUAGCGAAAUGUGCACAGCACAGAAUAACGCCGAUUGGAACUAUAAUACCGAUAUAACUGAAAAAAAUAAUGAGUUAGCUACGCAACAAACUUUGGCCUAUGCAAAGUUCGAAAAAGAACAAUACAAUGAAUGGUUCAAAAAUGCAAAUGCAGAUGAAGUAACUGAUCCAGCUAUUAAGAGACAGCUAAAAUAUUUAAAAGUUGUAGGAAAGGCUGCUCUGGAAGAAAAUAAAUUAGAACAGUAUACUAAAACUGUGAAUGAAAUGAGUGGUGUAUACAGUACUGCAAAAAUUUGUCCAUUUGAUAAUCAGAAAUGUGAUAUAAAAACCGAAGGAUUGUCUUUAGAGCCAGGUAUUGAAAGCAUUAUGAGCACCUCAAAGAAUGAAAAGGAAUUAUUAUAUGCGUGGAGUGCUUGGAGAGAUGCAACUGGAAUGAAUUUGCGUAAACAAUUUCAGACAUAUGUAGAUUUAUCGAAUGAAAUUGGUAAAGCUAAUAAUUUCAAAGACAAAGGCGAAAUGUGGAGAAGUAGCUAUGACUAUAAAAGCGAUAAAGAUUUUGUUGAUUCUAUGGAUAAGUUAUGGACGAAAGUUCAACCAUUAUACAACAAAUUGCAUAGAUACGUAAGACAAAAAUUAAUGGAUAAACAUGGUAAAAAUGUUAUGGGAGAUGACGAUUUAAUUCCAGCUCAUUUACUAGGUAAUAUGUGGGGACAAUCUUGGAUAAACUUAGCUGAGUUGACAAGACCUUAUCCGUCGGCCAGUAAAAUUGAUGUGACCAAAGCAUUACAGGAAAAAGAAUACACGGUAGAAAAAAUGUUUGAAAAGUCGAAUGAAUUUUACAUGUCUUUGGGUCUACCAACAAACGAAAUGUCUUAUGGAAAGGAUGCAAUGAUUGUAAAACCACAAGAUAGGGAAGUGUUAUGUCAUGCUUCAGCAUGGGAUUUCUGUGAUAAAAAGACAUACAGAAUUAAAAUGUGCACCGAAGUUAACUACGAAGAUUUCAUUACUAUCCAUCAUGAAAUGGGUCAUAUUCAAUAUUUCAUUCAAUAUAAAAAUCAACCAAUUUCUUUCCGCGAUGGUGCGAAUCCGGGCUUCCAUGAAGCCGUUGGAGAUACAAUUGCACUUUCUGUUUCGACUCCUAAGCAUUUAAAAGCAAUUGAAUUGUUGGAUGAAAACUACAAAGAAUCUGAAGAGGCUACCAUCAAUGCGCAAAUGGAUAUGGCUUUGGAAAGAUUGGCUUUCCUUCCCUUUGGACUUAUUGUGGAUAAAUGGCGUUGGGAAGUGUUUAGUGGAGAUGUAAAGCCCGACAAAUGGAAUAACAGAUGGUGGGAACUUAGAUCAAAGUAUCAAAAGUUGAAACCACCAACAGAUAGAUCAGAAAAGUAUUUGGAUCCUGCUGCCAAAUACCACGUCGUAGGCGACAGUCAAUAUAUUAACUAUUUUGUAGCUCAUAUCUUGGAGUUCCAACUUUACAGAGGACUGUGUAUUACAGCUGGAGAAUAUGAUCCUAACAAUAAGAAAUCAAAACCAUUGCAUAAUUGUGAUUUCUACAAAAACCAGGAAGUUGGAAAGAAAUUAAAGGCUGGCUUAUCAUUAGGAUUAAGUCAAAAUUGGAAGGAAGCUUUGAAAGCAAUGACAGGAGAAGAAGAUUUGAGUGCCGACGCAAUUUUGGAGUACUUUGAACCACUAGACAACUAUUUGACCAAAAUCUUGAAAAACGGAUCUUCACCAAUUGGUUCCACGUUUUCAGUUUGCCUAUUAUCGUUAUUGCUAGUACUGUUCCGUUGAGUUUAUUAAUCGUUAUAGGAUUUAAUUUAGAAUUUGUUAACAUUUUUAGUAGAAUUUAAAAAUAAAAAUAAACUUUAUAAUUUUUA